CAGCCGGCCCGACAGCCGCCUUUCCGCUUUGCAGCCAUCAUGGACACCAGCCGCGUGCAGCCAAUAAAGCUGGCCCGGGUUACCAAGGUGCUGGGCAGGACCGGCUCUCAGGGACAGUGCACGCAGGUGCGCGUGGAAUUUAUGGACGACACAAGCCGCUCCAUCAUUCGCAAUGUAAAAGGCCCCGUACGCGAGGGUGACGUGCUCACCCUGUUAGAGUCGGAGAGAGAAGCUCGGAGGCUACGCUGAACUUGGCUGCUGUGUCCUGGACGUUACAGUUGCGACCACUUGGCUUAACAAGGAUGAUCUGCAAGUGUUAAAUAAAGCCUUCGUAUUGUU